CCCUUUUGCGUACCACAUACAUUACGCAAGGGAGGUUACAACUUCUCGGCUGGACGUCGGGGCUUCAUGGAUAGCAUGGCCCUGGUUUCCGCGAUGGACCAGUCGUUCUACGGAAAGCACAGGAACGGGCUAGGUCCAAUCGAACCUUCAAACAAGAUCUUACGCAUGGCAGACGGGUCGAAGAGAAAAAGCGAGGGCCUAGUGCGAGUCGAAUUUGUCCUCACCUACGACGGAGGUAGAAUCGUAACUCCAGUCAGCAUGGAGGUAGUCGAAUCCGCAGGUGCAUGGGAUGUCCUAUUCGGAUUGCCAAUGAUGGUCCAGACGAGAGCCGUCAUAGACUUCGGCGAGAGGGAGCUGCGAAUCAAAGGCGGGGCCGACGGAGGCGUC